CAACCAGUCGCCAUGGCGGAGGUCGAGACGUUUGCCUUCCAGGCUGAGAUCAACCAGCUGAUGAGUCUCAUCAUCAACACUUUCUACUCAAACAAGGAGAUCUUCCUCCGCGAGCUCAUCUCCAACUCGUCCGACGCGCUCGACAAGAUCCGUCACCAGUCGCUCACCGACAAGUCGGUCCUCGAUGGCAACCCCGAGCUCUACAUCCGCCUCGUGCCCGACAAGUCCAACAACUCGCUCACAAUCAUCGACUCUGGCGUCGGCAUGACCAAGGCCGAGAUGAUCACCAACCUGGGCACCAUCGCGCAGUCGGGCACCAAGGCCUUCAUGGAGGCGAUGUCGGCGGGCGCCGACAUCAACAUGAUUGGCCAGUUCGGCGUCGGCUUCUACUCGUCCUACCUCGUCGCCGACCGCGUCGUCGUGACGUCAAAGCACAACGACGACGAGCAGCACGUCUGGGAGUCGGCGGCGGGCGGCUCCUUCACGGUGCGCAAGGACGCGGACGGCGAGGCGCUCGGGCGCGGCACCAAGAUCAUGUGCUACCUCAAGGAGGACCAGCUCGAGUACCUCGAGGAGCGCCGCCUCAAGGACCUGGUCAAGAAGCACUCCGAGUUCAUCAACUACCCGAUCUCGCUCUGGACCGAGAAGACGGUGGACAAGGAGGUGGACGACGACGAGGACGAGGAGGAGGACGAGAAGAAGGAGGAGGACGGCGACGAGCCCAAGAUCGAGGAGGUCGACGAGGAGGCGGAGAAGAAGGAGAAGAAGAAGAAGAAGGUCAAGGAGGUGACGCACGAGUGGGACCUGAUGAACAAGCAGAAGCCCAUCUGGACGCGCAAGCCCGAGGAGGUGACCAAGGAGGAGUACGGCGCCUUCUACAAGGCGCUCUCCAACGACUGGGAGGAGCACCUCGCCGUCAAGCACUUCUCCGUCGAGGGCCAGCUCGAGUUCACCUCGAUCCUCUUCGUGCCCAAGCGCGCGCCCUUCGACCUCUUCGAGCCCAAGAAGAAGAACUCGGGCCACAUCAAGCUCUACGUCCGCCGCGUCUUCAUCAUGGACAACUGCGAGGACCUGAUCCCCGAGUGGCUCACCUUUGUCAAGGGCGUCGUCGACUCGGAGGACCUGCCCCUCAACAUCUCGCGCGAGACGCUGCAGCAGAACAAGAUCCUCAAGGUCAUCAAGAAGAACAUCGUCAAGAAGGCGAUCGAGCUCUUCGGCGAGAUCCAGGAGAACACCGAGGACUUCAAGAAGUUUUACGAGCAGUUCUCCAAGAACGUCAAGCUCGGCAUCCACGAGGACUCUGGCAACCGCGCCAAGCUCGCCGAGCUGCUCAUGUACCACUCGACCAAGUCGGGCGACGAGAUGACCUCGCUCAAGGACUACGUCUCGCGCAUGCCCGAGUCGCAGAAGGACGUCUACUACAUCACGGGCGAGACCAAGAAGGCGGUCGAGACGUCGCCCUUCAUCGAGCGCUGCAAGAAGCGCAACUACGAGGUGCUCUACAUGACGGACCCGAUCGACGAGUACUGCGUGCAGCAGCUCAAGGAGUACGACGGCAAGAAGCUCGUCUCGGUGACCAAGGAGGGCCUCAAGUUCGAGGAGACCGAGGAGGAGAAGAAGGCGUGGGAGGAGCUCACCGCCGACUUCGAGCCGCUCUGCAAGCUGAUGAAGGAGAUCCUCGGCGACAAGGUUGAGAAGGUUGUCAUGUCGGAGCGCGUCACCGAGUCGCCCUGCGUGCUGGUGACGGGCGAGUACGGCUGGACCGCGAACAUGGAGCGCAUCAUGCGCGCGCAGGCACUGCGCGACUCGUCGAUGUCCUCGUACAUGGCCUCCAAGAAGACGAUGGAGAUCAACCCGAAGCACUCGAUCAUGAAGGAGCUCAAGGCAAAGUCGGCCGCCGACAAGGGCGACAAGACGGUCAAGGACCUGGUCCACUUGCUCUUCGAGACGUCCCUCCUCACCUCGGGCUUCUCGCUCGACGAGCCCGCCACCUUCGCCGGCCGCAUCCACCGCAUGAUCAAGCUCGGCCUCUCCAUCGAGGACGACGACGAGGCGGACGACGUCGAGGAGCUGCCGCCCCUCGAGGAGGACGGCGACGAGGGCUCCAAGAUGGAGGAGGUGGACUGAGCGCGCGAGCGGCGGGGUGAGCGCAGCGCUGCGCUCUCCCGCCUCGAGCCCCCCCGAGGGCUCUCGCGCCUCGGCGCUUCUCCCGGCGCGCUGGGGUGUCGCUUUCGGCUCUGUUCUGUGUUUUUAUUUCUUGUCGUCCGGCUCUGCCAUCUGUCAGCCCACCUCCCGCCCUAAACAAUCACACAAGUCGU